GGGGCUCCGCCUCCGGGGCGAGGUCGGCGUUCUGAGGCCGCUACGCUGGCUGUGUGUGGGCCGCGUCGCUGUCGUCUCUGCCGUGGGCAUGGCUGAGGAAGAAGGAAAUCAGGAGUUCAUGUCCAAAAUGGAAAGCUCUUCAGAUUCAGCAUUGAAUUUACCUGAGACUUCUCAGAAUGAGAAUCCACCAUCACCACUUUCAAACAAACAACCUAUGAGUGGAACACUCAAAGAAAGAUUAAAGAAAACAAGAUCUUCAUCUCAUUCAUUUUGUAGUGUGGUGAAACGACUUAAAGUAGAGAAUGAAGAAAAUGAUCAGACCCUUUCAGAACCAGGAGCUUCCUCAAAAGAAGAAAAUUGUUCAAAAUCACAAGAAAGUUUGAAGCACAAAGACAAUGAAUCUGAAAAAGAUAGCUCGGAGAAUAAAAGCACAUGUGAAUCUAAGUCAUUUGAUACAGGGUCAUCUAGUGCCCUCCAAAAUGAUUCUGUGAACGAGAAAACUAAAAGUUUAAAGGAAGAAAAAGCAAAAUUGGUAAAGCAGGUUCAAGAGAAGGAAGACCUCCUUCGGAGGUUAAAAUUAGUCAAAAUGUAUAGAAUAAAGAAUAACAUGUGUGAGUUAGAGAUGUUAAUAAAGAAAUGGAGGAAGUGCAGCCAGCAGCUGCUCUACGAGCUACAGGCGGUUAUGUCAGAGGAUGAAGACGAGAAGCUGAGCAUCACCGAGUUGAUUGACUACUAUGGGAUAGAUGAAAAAGUGGUGCAUUACGACAGAACUGAAGAGGAAUUUACAGGGAUUUGAUACGUUUUUGUUGGUUUU